GGAGCUUCAAUCUUAUUUGCACAACGACCCGCACCUUGGAUAGGGACGCGUGGUAGGCAUCACAGAAACAACACGCAGAAAAAAGUAACAGACCAGCAAUCCUAUCUUCUUGUGAUACUAUAUUCCAACCAGCUUUUCCAACCUGUGCUUGUUCUUUCCUCUUGGUGUCCCGAGUCGGCCACCCCGCCUUUGCCAGACAAGACGACAACACGACAUCGCAGCCGUCCAUCUUAACUUCUUUUUAGUUUCAAGGAGGCUGGACCGACGACCUCUGGUACGUUGAGCAUUGAGCUGAGGAUGGUGCUGUGAGGGCUCUCCUCAGACCAUUUUCGAGAUUGCUCCGUUGCCUUUCCAUGAAGGCCGUCCUGGACAUACCCCUAGACCCGCGCUGGGUGCUGGGGACUUCGAAACGUCGACUCGCUUUCGCACUUGAUACAUGAUUAUACAAACACACAUUCGUCGCCGACCCACGACUGUACUAUAGACUACACGAUGCUCGCCGUGCGAUCACGCCGCUACCGGUCGUCGACCUCGGCUUCGGCGGUCCAGACCUCGAAAGCGGCCGAAGUGCUCCAGAGCCUCCUCGACCGUCUUGUAGCUACGACGAGAGCGCCGGGCGCCAGCGGUUUUCCCAACAUAGACGAGCUGAUAGACCAUAUAAGAAGCAUACACCAACAUAUAGCAGCAGCGCGACCUCCCUCCCCACCACAAGACGACUUCCGCCAUCUGCGCGGCUUCCAGACCCUUCUCGAUGUCCUGCGAUCAUUCUCCGGCUUCUAUAACCCGCAAAAGCGCACCGAAGCCGAGCGUGUUGGCUUGUUCGAUUUGAUACAUGUUAUCCUGGCCACCAUAUCGGCUCUUUUCCGCGGACAUCCCGGCAAUAGACGUUAUUUCCAGGACAAGGUUGAAGGUGGAGGUUGGGAGGCCUUGGAACAAAUUAUUGCCAGCAUUGGGGUUGGAGGAGGCGACUCGGACCUCUGGACAAACUGCCAGUUGUUUGGAAAACUGCUUUCCUUUUCCCUCGAUGAUCAGCGUUUCGACGAGCUGUGCCGCUCCGUCGCCGAAGAAGGAAAAUCACUCGAACAGACGCCAACCGAGCCCGAACCGAAUAAACAGGAUGAAGUUCAGGGACAAAAACAGGAGGUGGAACUACAACCCACAGAAGCUAUGCGCUGGCUCAUUAUUCGGGAGAGGUUGAUAGCCAUUAUUGGACCGACAACUGUUGUUCAGAAUCCAGAGAUCAUCCGGACGAUUGUGGGAUUUUGGGAGUCCAUUCCAAGAACUGAGGGUGCUGCGGCCAGCCAUGCUUCCAUGAUUGUGCUGACGGCUUUGUCACGCGUUGCCUCUGUCUCGUUCUUCAACUUAACGGCCAUUCAUGGAACUGGCAUACUGUCCCGGCUUUUCCGCGUGCUCUUUUCCGAGAACCGCCUGCUUGCAGAGGCAGAGCAGGAAAACGCUACAUGGCUGUGCAGACAGCUGAUAUCGCUUGGAAUUGACGAGCUUGCAGAUGCCCAGUUCUUGCUCUCUCGCCAGGACGCUGUCAUGUCCGAGUUUUGCGUGGACAUGUCAGAAAAGCACAAUGGCCCUCCAUUUGUGCAGUUUGACCUCUCGCUCCAUGGCCAUGCCUCUAUCGUGCUACCUAGUCUCGGUAGAACCUUCCCGCCACAAUCAGCGCCUGGAUAUACCUUCACUGCUUGGGUCCGUGUUGACAGAUUUGAUCCCAAGUCUCAUACAACGCUAUUUGGGGUCUUCGACUCUACCCAAACAUGUUUCCUCUUGGCGUACCUAGAGAAAGAUACAAAGAAUUUCAUCCUUCAAACGUCAGUAACGUCUUCAAGACCCAGUGUCAGAUUCAAGUCGGUCGUAUUCAAGCCAAAUCGGUGGUACCAUAUUGCCAUCGUUCACCGGAAGCCCAAGGCUCUGACGACGAGCAAAGCGAGUCUUUUUGUAAAUGGAGAGUUCGCCGAACAGAUACGGUCAUCAUACCCGAGCACACCUCCAAUUUCCAACGCCAGUACCGACAGCUUCGCAUCCUUCACGUCCAAUGCCAACAAAACGAACCCCGUGCAAGCCUUCUUGGGCACUCCUCGGGACUUGGCAACUCAAGUCGGCCCGGGACUUGUACACUCAAAGUGGUCACUCGCUUCUGCUCACUUGUUCGAAGAUGUCCUGAGUGACGAUCUCUUGGCUGUACACUACCGACUGGGACCUCGUUACCAAGGUAACUUCCAGGAUUGUCUUGGUAGCUUCCAGACUUACGAGGCCUCGGCUGCUUUGGGUUUGCGAAAUGAAAUCUUCCAUCCUGGCAAAGAUGAGGUGUCGGACAUCUUGAGAGCUAUCAGGGACAAGGCUGGAACCAUCGUCCCGGAGCACAAGGUUUUGCUGAGUAUACUUCCACGAGCUGUGUUCCGAACCGAUGGAAAGUUUAUGGAAACAACGCUGUUUCGAUCUCUUUCUCGGCACUCCGUCACCAACUUAUUGCACUCAACCACUAAGAAUGGGACUUCUGUUGCGAUAAACGGAGCCGUGUCCUGCAUUAAUGAUGCGUUGAUAAGAGCUAAUGGUUCUGGAGUUCUUACCGGCGACCCGAUCCUUGCUACUCCCUACUACUUCGACGACAACCUUUGGCGCUUGGCCGGCUUCACACCCGUUGCUCUCAAGAUUGUUGAGCGGACCACCACAGGCGAUGACCUCGUGCGUGCCGUUGAGAUAAUGCUCCACUGCAUCACUCAUAGCUGGAGAAACAGCGAGGCAAUGGAACGAGACAAUGGCUAUGCCAUCCUGAGCAUGUUACUACGUGCCAAACUGGGAUAUGGCGUCUCUGCUUCUGACAAUCCUUCAUGGGGGCUCUCACUGAGCCCCGAUGAGAAGACCAGGCUCACCUUUCAGUUGCUGAGCCUUGUGCUCAGUUUUGUUGGCUAUAAUCAUGCUGACCCCAUUGAGUCGUUUAUCGUGAACCCUCUUGCCUAUCGCAUCCUUUUGAUCGACCCCGACUUCUGGCGCAAAUCUGCAUCCAUUAUACAGGAGCUAUACUACAAGCAGUUUGUUACGUUUGCGGUAAACAGCAAGCACCACCAAUUCAACAGUCGUAGACUUCUACGCAUGCGUAUCAUCAAGCGGCUAUUAGACGCUUUGAAGACGGAAACCAUCUCCGAAGACAUCUUACCACACUUCCUGACCUCAUUCGAGGCCUUGGUCAGGUGUAGUUAUAGUUCCGAAGUUUAUCGCUCUCUUGCGCUUUUCAUCACUUAUACCUUCCAUACUCCUGCAAACUCAUUGCCGCGAACACCAAGAGCCCUUUCUUCAGCUAGUCGAUCAGUCACCCCCGGCCCCGGCCCUUAUACCGCCAAACGACUUUCUCCCGAAUAUAGCGGGCCGUCUUCCAGCAAUGGGUCGAGGAUGCUCACACGAAAGCAGCUCGGCGUGAAGAUGCUGGAGAUGUACACCAGGAUCCUCUGCGAAAAGAACAACUUGGUGGACAUUAGCAGGUUUGCCAAGACGGUGACCAACAAGUGGCUACUCUACCUGCUCGCCGAAAACGAUCCCGAAAUCGUUGUCUAUGGGUGCAAGAUCCUCGCUCGUCUACUUGUCACCCAACCCACCAGUUACACAGCUAAGUUCGCCUCUAAGACCGGUGGCUUUUGGAUUAUGGCACAUCGGUUAAAACACUGGUGGGACAUUCCCACUCUUUGGGCCAUCCUCUUCAGUAUCCUCUUUGGAUACGAUGUCGCCCAAAUCGACUUUGACAAGUCGUUUGACUUCUUCAGCCUCUUGGAGAUAUUUGGAGACAGCAAAGUAGUAUACCCAGAUGUGCUCCCGGUCAUGACUGCCAUGCUGCAGCACGGCCUUAGGGAUAUUCUUAGGUAUCAGGAUGAUCCGGACUCACCAGCAGCCGAACACAGCGGGGCCGCCACAUUUGGGGGCAAUCUAGCUGCGGUUCAUACGAGACCUAGAGCUAGAUCUAUGGAGUUGGGCCAGGCACUUGAAUCCAGAAGAGCCCCCAUGCCCGAUAAAGAAAGAGUCGCCAAUCACGCGAGCAUUUUGCAAACAGUUGUCCGUUUCAUGGCAGAUAUGUAUAGCCGAUCUGAGAGCUUUCGUGAUUUCACGUUGGCAUCAGACUAUGUUCGGCUACUUCUAUCUGCUUUGUAUCCCAUUGUCGUCAGUGCUGACCCAGUCUCUCCCGAAACUGAACUUGGAUCUAAGGACUCCUCGCUCAAUUUCGACGGAGUUGAUGUGAUCAUUCGGCCAGUGGCCGGGUCAUCAUCAACAGCCACUCCGAUCGUGCGAACGACCAAUACUGCUGUGGCUGAGCAGCCAACCCCUUCACCGGGACAAAGUCGCGGUACACCUUUACGCAGGCCCUCGUCUUUUAUCCUCGUUGCUCAAGACCAACCCAUGUCACCUCCGCCUUCCCGCCUCAACCAUAUCAUGUCCCCGAAGAAGAAGGUUGCCACUCAGCAAGUAAGCAAUGUGGUUCUGGAGGGCAUCCUGGAACUCAUCAUCAGCGUGUUCAACGAUCAGAUAUUGUCGCGUAAAGACUUCACGGGAUUCAGCCUCUUCCUCAAGGUUCCGCCGGGCUUCCAGGAGCAUCAGGCGUACUUCGAAACCUAUAUCUUACGCAAUGCCAUCACUCAGCUGAGAAACGCCGUUCAGCUGGACCAGAAGGCCCUUUUGGAACCUAGGGUUUUGCAGAACAUGUCACGCCUCAACAUGCACAUGGCAGAGGCCAUCUUUGAGGGCUGGUUCAUCAACGGCGCUGAGACUAUGCUUGAUUUUACUGGAACACUGCUGGAGUAUCUACAGCGGCCAGAUGUCUCAAGCACAAAAAGUGUCCGACUUUGCAGUUCUGCGGUCAAUACCAUCAGAACAACAUUCCUGAAGCUUGUUCUGUUGAAGCUAUCCGACAUGGACGACCCGCAGACCACUGACCAAGAAGCCACAUCGAUUAUGGAGAAACUCCUCUACUGGCAAGCUGUCCUUCUAAACUGCUUGAAUCUCGAUGACGACUUCAUGAAGCUUCUCUGGUAUCAGUUUUACAACAAGCUGGUCGACACCCGCGAGCCAAUCCGUCUCAUGGCAGCGAUGUUGUGGCGGAUAAUGCUUGUCCAGAAGCCUGAGGAGUCAUCGAUGCUGUUCCGUCAGUUUAUGAGCCCUGAUCAACAGCCACUAGCCAGGGGAUUCAGAAGGCUCACCCAGCUGGAUGAUUUAUCUUUCCUCGAGUGGGUGGACAGUCAUCGUUCGUCCCUCGAUAUCUUGUUCUUUGGUGGCAUGUCCAAGACAUGGGAGGACUAUGUGCGUGGUGAAAACCAGCGCACAGCAGACACCGCCAGGUCGCGGAUGAGGAACCGUAAGGACAAACUCAGACAAUGGCAUAGCGAAGCCAUGGAGCGCGAUAGCAUCUUGCUUCGGCAUGAGAUGAGCAAUAACGCCUGGAUGAAGAGCAUCUACUUUACCGAACAUUUCAAACACCAGAGGCUCCAGCAGGACCAGCAGGAUGAUAACGCUUUCUUGGCUUCAUCCUUCACAAAGAUGGAGCGCGAACUGUAUCGGCCUGGAGCGGUGUUUGCCAGGGAGCAGAAAAUCAAAUGGAAGCUUGAUCGCACAGAGGGUCGGAAUCGCAUGCGUCUUCGCCUGCUCCCCGAUUAUGCUGCCCAGCAGCAACCGGACUAUCAACCAAGGGGGAACGCUGGCAGCGGCGCUCCGGCUUCAAGCCUAGCUGCGGGUGACAGCUCGUCCUCCGGUCGUAGGAGCCGCGCGCCUUCGUCCGUCGCCCAGCCGCAGAGCAGGACCGGAGCUGAGCCCUCAAGUGACUCUAACACAAACCUAGCGCCCAAACUCGCGCCAGGCGAGUCAGACCAACAAAGCGUUUUACCGGAGGAUGACUACGAGCUUGUGGAUGACCCUAACGAACAGGAAGACGAUGCCUUUGAAGACAAGAAUCGGAAGGUCAUGCGGCGACUACAGCAGGGUGACACGGUGCAGAACGUCUACAACAUCUCUCGCAUUAUUGGUUUAGAUGCAUCCGAGGGUAUACUGAUUAUCGGCAAAGAAGCCCUGUACUUGAUGGAUAACCUCUUCCAGAGCCCCGAUGGAGAGAUCAUCAAUGUCUGGCAGGCACCUCCGGAAGACCGAGACCCUUUCUCGGUCAUGAUCUCCGGUCAGAGCAAUGACCGUAGGCAAGGCCAGAACCGUACCGAUCAGGUGUCGCGCAGCUGGAGGUGGCAGGAUGUUCUUAGUGUUUCAAAACGUCGCUUCCUCUUCCGCGAUGUGGCCAUCGAGAUUUUCUUCACCGAUGGUAGGAGUUACCUGUUUACAGCUCUCAAUUCUGCCAUGAGAGACGAGAUCUACAGCCGGAUGAUGAACAAGACGCCUCAUAGCAAUGGGCCCAACUUGCUACCCACGCCCGAGGAUGCCUGGCGCCUUGAAAGUCUCAAGUUCAGUGAAGAGGCGCCACAGACUUUGGGUGCCAAGUUUGGAAGCAUCUUCAACUCUUCUGCCUGGAACCCUAUGAUGAGGAAGUGGCAGAAGGGCGAGAUCUCCAAUUUUCACUAUCUGAUGCUGGUCAACACUAUGGCUGGCAGGACCUUCAAUGAUCUCACACAGUAUCCCGUCUUCCCCUGGGUUCUGGCAGAUUAUACCAGCGAGGAACUCGAUCUCAAUGAUCCGGCCACGUUCAGAGAUCUCUCGAAGCCCAUGGGCGCUCAGACGAAGAGCCGCAUGGAUACCUUCAUAGCCAAGUACCAAAGCUUGGCUGAGAUGGACGAACAACCUUACCACUACGGUACUCACUACUCAUCAGCCAUGAUCGUUUCGUCAUACUUGAUUCGUCUGCCACCUUUCGUGCAGACAUUCAUCCUGAUGCAGGGUGGCUCGUUUGACCACGCUGACAGAUUAUUCUACUCGAUCGAAGGUGCUUGGGCAUCCGCUUCAAGAGACAACGGUACCGACGUUCGUGAACUGACUCCCGAGUUCUUUUACCUUCCCGAGUUUCUGACCAACAUCAACGGGUACAACUUUGGCACCCGCCAGGGCGAUGGCGGCAAGGUUGAUAAUGUCAUCCUGCCACCGUGGGCUAAGGGGGAUCCCAAGAUCUUCAUCGCCAAAAACCGUGAAGCGCUCGAGAGCCCGUAUGUUAGUCAGCGGCUUCAUCAAUGGAUUGAUCUUGUUUUCGGAUACAAGCAGCGCGGAGAUGCGGCGGUGGAAGCUUGCAAUGUGUUCCAUCCGCUAUCAUACAAGGGCGGCACAGACCUGGAUAACAUCUCCGAUCCCCAGGAGCGCCUGAUUGCGACGAAUAUUAUCCACAACUUUGGCCAGACGCCGCACCAGGCGUUCACCAAACCCCAUCCCGCUCGCGAGCACGCCAGGUGUCCCAUAAAGAGGCUGGACACCUCUGUCCACGCUCUGACCAAGCAGCCACACCCCCUUCUUGACAGCCACGAGCGCGUAUCGUCCCUGAUCUACGCACCCAAGCUCGACCGCCUGCUCUGCGCCUCGCCGUUCCGUCUGAACCUGCCCCCGCAAUACGACAAGUUCCUCGAAUGGGGCUACGCCGACGGCAGCGUGCGGUUCUUCUUCACCAACGACCGCAAGCCCGCCGGCCUCUUCGAGAACCUGCACAUCGGGCAGAUCUCCACCCUGACCUUCGCCGACUCCAAGACCCUCAUCACCGCGGGUGAAGACUGCGUCGUGUCCGUGUACACAGUCCAGUCCAGCCCCGGCAAACCCGUCGAGCUGGUGCCGCGCUCGUCGCUAUUCGGACACAAAACGCCCGUGACCACCAUCGCCGUGUCCAAGGCCUUCAGCACCUUCGUCACCGUCUCCCAAGACGGCAUCUCCUUACUCUGGGACCUCAACCGCCUCGAGUUCAUCCGCAAACUCCCGCUCGCUAGACCAGUCGAGUGCGCGCGCAUCCACGACGUCACGGGCGAGAUCAUGCUCUGCAGCGGACCGAACGUGCUGCUCUACACGCUCAACGGCGAGCUCAUCCUCGACCAAAACGUGUGUUCCGAGGGUGACACGAACGACUACAUCCACUCGUGCGCCUUCUACGAAGGCACCAGCACCAGCACCGUCGGCGGCGGCGGGAACGAGUGGGUGGAGGAGAACCUGGUGUUUACCGGCCACAAGCGAGGGAGGGUGAAUGUGUGGAGGAAGACGGUGGAUUCUAAUAAGAAGGCCUCCUCCUCGGGAGGCGGCUCGGGAGGCAGCAGCAGUAUGUGGGUGUUGGAGCUGGUCAGGAGACUGGAUCAUGUCAAUACCAAGAGCGAGACGGGCGCAAAUGUGGAGGCGGCGAUUACGUGUAUUACACCGAUGCCGAGUUGUGUUUAUACGGGGGAUGAUGAUGGGCGGGUGUAUGAGUGGAACUUGAUUCAGCGAGAACGAUAGUGUGAUGAUGUUGUAUAUAUCAGGGUUUGGAAAAGAAGAGGCGAAGGCGAAGGCGGUAAGCUGUUAGAAGAUAUCUGGGUGAUAGAGGAGGAGGUGGAGUAGUUCUGAUGAAUGGAAAAGCAUAGAUACCUCUAUGGGAAAAGCGGUUUGCAUUUGUCUGGUGGUGGCUUUUUCGGCAUUGGGAAAAGCAAGCAAGUAAGCAAGUAGGGAGGGUAUAUAGAAUUGACAUGCCACGGAAAUAGUUGGAAAAGUUGUUGAUUGCGAGUAUUGAUAGCGUACGCUCUUGGAUCAUUUCAUCUGCCGGGAGAGUACCUAUUGUAUAGAC